AUGGGAAACGGUCAGUCGCAUGACGACUCCGACUCGGGAACCGAGGAUGAGCUUAGCGGUUCCGAAGAGGAGGACGAAGAAUUGGAGGACGAGGAGGACGGAAAGGCGUCACCGAACAACGAGCCUGACGGAAAGGCGUCACCGGAAAAGUCGGGGACGACCUCCUCCUCUCGCGAAAACGCAGCCGCAUUACUGCCGGGAAAGCCGGCCGAUGCAGCAGAGAGUGGGAAGGACGCGAGGGAAGGAGGAGCAGGAGGAGGAGAAGUAGCGGAGACAUUUGGAAAUGGAGGAGGGAGAGCGACAGCGAGAGGAAGGCACGGCGGAGAGGUAAGAGACGCUGGAAGCACGUUCGGCGCAGUGGGUGGGUCAGGGGGAGCCGCCGAUACGGUCGAGAAUACCGAGAGCAGCGGGAACGCCGGAGACUGGGAUCUGGCGUGGGAUGACGAGACGGACGAGGAGAAGGAGAAGGCGGAGGGGAAGGCGGAGCGGAAGGCGGAGCGGAAGGCGGAGGCGAAGGCGGAGGAGGGGAAGACCGCGCAGACGGCGAAGGACGGCGAAAGGGAAAAGGAGAACAACGCAGGUGCGACUGGCAGUGAAGCAACCGUAGCUGCUGCCACAGCAACAGCAGUGCAUCCUUCUCUUCUAUCCGCAACAGCUGCUGCUGUGGCUGCUGCCGCUGGCUCUGCUGAUCCUGCUGCCGCUGCUGCUGCUGCUGCUGAUCCUGCUGCUGCUUCGACUACCACUCCUCCCGCUCCACUUGUUCCGGUCGCUGCUGCUGCUGCUGCUGCUGCUGCUACUGCUUCUUCUUCUCCUUCUCCUACCGCUGCCGCUGUCAAGUCCGCGGAGGGGAGAGGCGGAAUGGCGCGGGCGUGGGACGAGUUCGCGGAGGGCAAGGGCGCGUCGUCGUUCAUGGACGCCUCGCGCCCGCUCUCCUCGCACCCCUUCAUGCACGGCCCUGCCAUGCCCCGCGCAGACAUCUGCACCGAGUUCUACAUCAUCCGGUACCCCUUGAGAGCCCUGCCUCUGCCCGUCUCCCUGCUUGCCUGCCUGCCUGCCAUGCCCCGCGCAGACAUCUGCACCGAGUUCUACAUCAUCCGGUACCCCCUCUCAGCCCCGCAUGUCUCACCGUCUGUCCAGCUGUCUCUCUCCCUGCCUGCCUGCCUGUAUCCCUCCCUGCCUCUCUGCCUCCCGACCAUGCCCCGCGCCGGCAUCUGCACUGAAUUCUUCAUCAUCCGUCACGGAGAGGCGGCGCACAACGUGUCGACGCUCAUAGGGGGGCGGUCGCCGCAGGCAGCACUCACCCCUCUGGGCGAGCAGCAGGCGGUGCUGCUGGGGCGGUACCUGAGGGACUACGUGGGGGUGCGCUUCCACGCCAUCUUCUCCUCGCCCAUCGAGCGCUCCAAGCGCACUGCCAUCCUCGCCUGCCAGGAGAUGGGGGUGGCGGAGGCAGUGAUCCGGUACGCGGACGAGCUGCAGGAGCUCAGCCAGGGGCAGUGGGAGCGGCAGCCGCGCGCACGCAUCUACCAGCGCGGUGUGCUGGAGCAGAUGGUGGCGGCUCAGCCCGACUUCAGAGCGCCCGGAGGGGAGAGCCAGCGACAGGCACGCAUGGGCUGGGGGAGCAUCUACCGGUGUGGCGUGUUGGAGCUUAGUUUUGAGACGUCUCAAAACUACCACUGGCGUGCUGGAGCAGAUGGUGGGGACGAGGAGCUAGGUGUAGGCACGCAUGGGCUGGGAGGGAGGGGGGAAAAGGGGAAGGGAGGGAAAGGCAGGGGAAGUGGUGGGGAGGGAACAUCAUAG